AUGGAAAAUAAUAGAAAUGAACGAAUACCAUCGGAAACGAAUGUUCGCAUAUCAUUUCCAUACUUAACAAAUUUAAUUGUUAGUUUACCAUUUGUCGGCAUGGUGGCAAGUUUUAUUACCUCGGUUCUCUUCACCAAAGAGCAAAUAUUUGAAUCCGAAUGUGGAUCUCGCAAUUUUAUUCCAUCGUUCUCUUCCGUCAUUGGUGUGUCACCCGGUAAAUACAUUUGGCGCAUGGCCAUUGCAUUUCAUUGCUUUCCGCGAUUCUUAAUCGCUUCACUCUAUCAUAAUCAGUUUCGAACAAGUCUGUCGAAAUUGAAAUACAAUUCGGGAAUGAAAUACUUCAUUUUAAGACAAUUGAUUCGAUUGAACACGUUCUUUGAAUUAUGCGAAGUUUUCGGCUUAAUUCUUUUGUCUUACAUAUCAUCCAAAGAAGACUAUGCUCUUCAUGAAAAGGCAUUUAUUAUCUUUAUGUUGUCGUCAACACUUCGAAUGAUUACCUGUUUAAUUCUCUUUCGACAAUUGCUAUACAAAUGUUGGCUAAUUCACGAAUUUGAUGAAAAGAAUAAGAAAUUUCGCUUUCAAACAUCCUACCAAUGGAAGAUGCGUUUAUUCUGUUCGGCAUUUAUCUUUUCGCUCCUAUUAGUAUUUGCUUACAUAAGACAUACGAGCAAAUGCUCGAAUAACAUUGGUCAACCGUCGACAGCGUGGAGUUAUUUUUCCGCCUGUGAAUAUAUUAUCUGCUGUUUAAUUAUGGGCUAUCACGCGACAGUUUGUUGGGAUUUCAAUCACUUCGAAUUGACGAUUUAUAAUAAAACAACGGCCAAAUUAAACUAUGAUUGUGAGAAAGAGAACGAUCACGAACGGAAAGACUCUUAUGUUGUUUCCCGCUAA